AUGGGGCCUCGCCCUCACUUCCCGCACCACCUGUCCCUGACGAGAGUGAAAAGCAGCGACCUCUCCAAAUCUGGCCCUUCGUCACCCAGCUCCGGCCCCCAGAGCCGCCCCGAAAGUCCCAGACGAACAACGAGCAGCAACAACAUCAGUACCAUGUCCACCGCAUCGAGGUCGCCCGGCGAGCUGCGCGGUGACCACAAGGGCAUGGGCCUCGCUUUGACUGUGAAGGUGCUCAAGGGCCGCAAUCUGGCACCCAAGGACAAAUCAGGCACCUCUGAUCCAUUCUUAGUCCUCACUUUGGGCGACGCCAAACAAGCAACCAGCGUGGUCAACCGCACUCUGAGCCCAGAAUGGAACCAGACGUUCGAAUUCCCAAUCGUCUCCCCCGAUUCCGCCUUGCUGGAAGCCGUUUGCUGGGACAAGGACCGCUUCAAGAAGGACUACAUGGGGGAGUUUGAUGUGGUGCUGGAAGACGUCUUUGCAAAUGGAAACACAACACCAGAACCAAAGUGGGUCAAGCUGGAGAGCAGGCGCAGUGGCCGACGCAAGAAGAAGGAUACCAAUGUGUCUGGUGAAGUCUUGCUUCAAUUCACCCUCACCGAUCCGCUCAACCCCGCAGCGACUGCCGCUCAAGUUAUGCAGAAGUUCACCGGUAUCGUCUCCGAACCUGGCGAGGACGAUGACGACGAUGAAGAUGAGGAAAUGCUGAGGAGAAUAGGCAGUGGUGAACUAGACGACGUGGAAGAGGAUGAUGAGAAAGAGCCAUCCGACGAGACUGAUGAUGGGACACGGACACCUGCUGGAACUCCAGAAGAGAAGCAGAGACACAGACGCCGCCGCAAGCUCAGGCGUCUAAAGCGCAAGACGAAGUUGAGGGCAUACGAGUUCGGUGGCACGUCAGACGUUGCUGGAGUGCUGUUUCUGGAGGUGAAGAAAAUCACGGAUCUGCCGCCAGAGAAGAAUAUGACCAAGACCACAUUUGAUAUGGAUCCUUUUGUCGUGACUUCUCUUGGCCGGAAGACGUAUCGUACUCGAGUUGUGAACCACAACUUGAACCCCGUAUACGAUGAGAAGCUGGUCUUCCAAGUUCAAAAGCACGAAACAAACUUUAGCCUCUACUUCGCGGUCGUGGACAGGGACAAGUUCUCGGGCAACGACUUCGUCGGUACAGCGAAUUUGUCCCUCGAGAAGAUCACUGCGCUUGCUCCAGAAGCCGACCCUGAGACUGGCCUUUACAGACUACCCGACCCAGACAACGUAACUCAUGACGGCGAGCCCAGGAAAAAGCGAUUCAGAAACCCGUUAUCGAGGACUUCCAGCCAGAACAACUUGGGCAAGCUCAGCAAGAGCAAUUCAGCCUCCAAUCUCACGAAACUGACCCAAUCGACAAGCAACAACAACUUGCAAGCGUCCCCACGACCUCAGAUGGUGCAGGGCUUGUCAGAGACCACCCUGUUUGAUCGUACGCGACCUGCUCCUACUAGCAUGCCGAGCACGAACAGCAUCAGCGGCCUCGAGGAGCAUGAUCCGCUGAACCCAGCAGAUGAAGCGGGCAUGAACUCGUUCGAAGUACCGCUAGAGUUGAAGAACAAACAACGAUGGGAGGACAAGCAUAAUCCGGUCUUGUACCUUCGCGCCAAGUACCUUCCUUACAGAGCGUUACGUCAACAGUUCUGGCGGGUGCUUUUACGCCAGUAUGAUGCCGACGACAGUGGAAAGAUUGACAAGAUCGAGCUCGUCACUAUGCUCGAUACUCUUGGUAGUACACUUCACAACAGUACUAUUGAAGGGUUCUUCAAACGCUGGAGGGAUGUCAAUGGAGAGGAUAUCUUGACUAUGGACCAGGCAGUCAUUUGUCUGGAAGAGCAACUGAUGAAGACUCAAUAUCAUCACUCGACAAAUCCACUCGCGAAGCUCGUCCGUGGUAGCGACAAUCCCUCCACCUCGACCGCCGAUUUAUCAUCUGUUCCCAACAGUUCCCCAAGCCAAAGCCCCGCAGCUGGGACUCCAUACCUACAGAGCACUACACCGUCACCCAACGUCCAACUGAACAGCAACAUACCGGCUCUGGAAGUCAGUGACCUCGGCGAAGCUGGAGAACAAGGUGACCUCUUGACCGGAGAUGAAGGUGCCUUUGACAUGGACGUGGACCAAGAAUUGAACGAAGAUCCGGACGCGAAAGAGGAGCAUGUUGUCGAGAUUCAUGAGUGUCCCAUCUGCCACCAGCCCAGGCUGGUGAGAGGUCGUAGGACGACUGAUGCUGAUAUCAUCACGCACAUCGCAACAUGUGCAAGUAGCGACUGGCGAGCCGUCAACAAUCUCGUCAUGGCUGGCUUUGUCACCAGUUCCCAAGCCCAACGAAAGUGGUACUCCAAGGUUCUCACGAAGGUAUCCUACGGCGGUUACAAGCUUGGUGCCAACAGUGCCAACAUCCUUGUUCAAGACCGACGCACAGGCAUGAUCAACGAAGAGCGGAUGAGUGUCUAUGUUCGACUGGGCAUUCGUCUGCUCUACAAAGGCCUCAAAAGUAGGGAAAUGGAAAAGAAAAGGGCUCGCAAGUUGCUUCGCUCCCUGUCGCUUAAACAGGGGCGCAAGUUUGACGACCCUGCCUCCGCAUCACAAAUCCCGGGCUUCAUCAACUUCCAUCAACUGGAUAUGGAUGAGGUUCUGCUACCGACCGACAAAUUCAAGACUUUCAACGAGUUCUUCUACCGCGAGUUGAAGCCGGACGCUCGACCUUGCUCCGCGCCUAACGACCCGAAUGUUAUCGUGAGUCCCGCCGAUUGCCGCUCGGUCGUGUUCAACCGUCUCGAAGAUGCCCAGCGCAUCUGGGUCAAAGGCCGCGAGUUCAGCAUUGCACGUCUGCUUGGCGACGCCUACCCACAGGACGCGAAGAAGUUCCAGAAUGGUGCGCUUGGCAUCUUCCGCCUGGCGCCUCAGGAUUAUCAUCGCUUCCACAUCCCAGUGGAUGGCGUCAUGGGCGAGCCGAAGUUGAUCGAGGGUGAGUAUUACACAGUUAACCCGAUGGCCAUUCGUUCGGCACUCGACGUGUAUGGCGAAAACAUCCGCGUGUGCGUACCAAUCGACUCCGAGUGCCACGGACGAGUCAUGGUCAUCUGUGUGGGCGCCAUGAUGGUCGGCUCUACUGUCAUUACACGUAAGAAAGGCGAGAAGGUCAAGAGAGCAGAAGAACUUGGAUAUUUCAAGUUUGGAGGUUCAACACUCUUGGUCUUGUUCGAACCAGGCGUCAUGAAGUUCGACGAAGAUUUGGUCGCGAACAGUAAUGGCGCUCUGGAGACGCUGGUCCGCGUCGGUAUGUCUAUUGGACGUACGGCAGGUCACUCUCCACACAAGGCGGAUUUCCAAAAGACAAAUCCGACCGAUGAGGAGAAAACCGAAGCAAAGAGGAAAAUUGAAGGCAGCCUUGUCCCAAGCACUGGCGCCAACGCGAUUGCAUGA